CGCAGAUUCCGGCGUAAUUCUGUGGCACGCGCACGGUAACAGAUCGUUAAGUCUACAAACGAAACUAUCGACGGAAAAGAACAGAUAUGAUUUAAUCAUAGAAGCUGCGGGAAAACGUUGCCUACCCGAGUUCGGGAGUGUUAUUCCUUUCAGUUUACGCGACAACACCGUAGCUGCAUCGGGUUAUCAUCAGUGGGAAACAUUAGGCACCGGGUGUAAUCCGUCUUUUUUUCCGCGAUUUAUUUUUUUGACAAGACGAUUUCACGAUUGUUACGUGAGCUCCCCGAGUGUCUAGGAAAACGCAAAGGAAACUCUAUACCACGCAAGAGUUUUCAAAAAAUUAUGCAGCUAAAAAAAUGUUAAAAAAGAUUUUUUCAUUGUCAGUUAUAAGAAUAGUCAAAUAUUUGGUAUGGAAAAUGUUUAAAUACUAAUAAGUCGUAUGAUUUAUGCGAUACACGUGAACAUAUGGAAAUGAAAACGAAAAUGACGUCCACGCAAACCAAAGUAAAGUUGCAACGAGAACUCGGCCUCUUUAGCGCAGUGUGUCUCAUUAUAAACUCAACUUUGGGAUCUGGAAUUUUCGUUUCGGCCGGCAGCGCGUUAAAAAAUACAGGAUCAGUGGGUAUGUGUCUCGUCAUCUGGGUGGCUUGCGGUCUGUUGUCACUGUUAGGAGCGCUGUCGUUUGCCGAGCUGGGUACGAUGGUGCACAAGUCGGGCGGACAGUUCAGCUUCUAUCAGUUUGCGUUCGCCGACUUGCACAAGUUCUGGGGACCGUUGCCCAGCUUCAUAUAUUCUUGGGUGAACAUCAUGUACACUCGUCCGGCCGGCGCGGCCAUUAUUAUACUAACGUUCGCCGAGUACUUUAUCCGGCCCGUCAGCUUGUGGUCGUCCAUGACGCCGGAAACCGAGUCCACGAUGAAGAUAUUAGUGGGCAUACUAGCACUAUGUACCAUUACGUUUAUCAAUUACACCAGCACGAAAGGUUUCAUAAAAAUUCAAAACGUGUUCACCGUGUGCAAGAUCACUGCUUGCCUGUUGGUGAUCGUUGGUGGACAAUAUCAACUCUACAUGGGAAACAACAAGAACAUAACGACAGGGUUCGAAGGCACGACGUUAACGAUAAGUACUCUACCGAUGGCUUUUUACAGUGGACUUUGGGCAUUCGACGGGUGGGCGUCUUCGAUCAUGGUCAUCGAAGAGAUAAAAAAACCGCAAAUAAACAUACUGAUGAGUAUUGUUCUGGCGGUGCCAUUGAUGACUGCCGUUUAUGUUUUGAUGAACAUAUCGUAUCUGACCGUGCUGUCAGUCCCGGAAAUGAUUUCCGCUCCUGCCGUGGCAGUCGAAUUCGGGACUCGGGCAUUAGGAGACUUCAGUCCAAUCAUUCCACUCGGCGUGGCCAUAUCGACGUUCGGCUGUGCGCUGUGUUUGCAGUUCCAGGCUACCAGGAUAUGUUUCGCCGCAAGCAGAGAAGGUCAAAUGUUGGAGGUAUUCUCUUACGUGAGCACCAAAAAACUGACGUUAGCUCCAGCAGUCGUCUUACAAGGUCUGCUAACUUUUGUUUGUUUACUGUGCGGCGACAUCGUUACGUUAAUCGAGUUCACCAUAUUCAUGGAAUGGAUCUUCUACGGCAUGACCAUGGUGGCGUUGUUAAUGAUGCGUCGCACUAAGAGACACGUCAAACGUACAUUCAAAGUACCGAUCGUCAUACCGAUCUUCGUACUCUUCAUGUCCGUCGUAUUGUUUCUGACACCGAUAAUCGCAGAACCCAAACCUCAGUUCCUCAUAGCCCUGGCAUUCAUUCUCUCCGCGUUCUUCAUUUAUGUUCCGUUCGUGUACCAAAAGAAGAGAUUCUCAGCAGUGGAUCAUUUUACCAAAUCCAUCCAGACCCUAAUGGGAGUGAUGCCGCAGGAGAAGGAUAACGAUCCCGACAUAGAGAUGUGUGGCGAACAGCAGUGUCGCACAUAACAGCUCAAGUUGGUUUCAUCAUCACUACCCUUACACGCGAGUCACCGAAACAUCACCAUCAAGAUAGAUAAUAUUAGACUCGGGGUGCGAAAUAAUGCAGUGGCGUCAUUUGGACCGCGCAUGAUAUACAUUUGCGUAUUUAAAAUCCAUUAUUGUAGUAAUUUGGCCACUUUAUAAAUUGAUUGGCCUGAAUAAUUUUAGAUAGCAGUUUGCGGUCAAUAUAUUUCAUUUUUUAAUUAAUA